GUAUUCGGAAGAAGUUCUACUCUGAACCCAAAUGCACCUCUCUUCAUACCUGCUGCCCUUCGCCGGGUGGAGGAUUUUUCACCUCAGUGGUGGGAGCUUGUGAAAUCUUUGACAUGGUUUCGCCACUAUUGGUUGAGCCAGCAUAAGGAGGAAGAUUCUGGAGAAAGUUGUAAUGACUCUACAAAUGAUGAUAAGGAGAAUAUGCUGUCAGAAACUUUUGAUCUGGGAUUUGAAGACUUCAGUUUUCUAGAAAAUGAGUUUGAGCAGUUGAUGUUCUCUGAAGCUCAAGAUUAUCCUAUUUUGGAUGAUUCCAAUGAUGGAAUAAAGCCUGUUCAUGGUCUUAACCUUUUUAUGAACUGGGUACCAAAAUUACCGAAAGAAAGGGGUCCUAAAUCCCCUUUUUGGCCUGCAAAGCACUUUGAGAAGCCAGCACAGCAUGUGAACAUCAGGUGUGUACAUCGACGAAUUCACCAACCUCGUUAAGAAAAACUUUGAAGCUUAUAGAGUAUUGAGAUCUCUGUUGAAGUAACUUUUGUAUAUAGAAGAUGCAGUGUCUUUGUACUUUCUUGUUCAUUGUCGUGUCUUGAACUUUAGGUAGGCGAGGCUUUAAUUUUGACCUGCCAAAAUCCUGGUUGAUCAGCUUUGUUUCUCCUCAUUUUGUAAUAAAUCUUACAUGGCAUAAGAGAAUGCGUGGAUAUAAGUUGUACGUGUAUCCUGUUCAAUGUGGCAAUUAGUGCGAACUUUUCAAGGCUUGUGAUUUACAUCUGGAAUGAAAAUG